UAAGAUGUUGUCCUCGUGCGAGAGCUUCAGUCGUUCUUGACUCUGCGGCCAUCGAGAUAUCGGGCCCGACAGACAAAACAAGGAUACUGUGUGUGACAGGCGGAUAAUUGUUUAAUUGCGAAAGUGAAAAUCGCCAUGAGGUUGUACAAGUGUUUGUUGCCAGUGGUGGUGGUGCUGCUUUUGAUCGAGGAAUCCUUCGCGAGACCUGGCGUGUUAGGCGAUUUGGUCAAUGGCAACGUUGGCAGUUUGCUGGACCCGUUGGGAAUCUUCAAGCCAAAGGGUAGCGAUGCUCACGCUAGCAGUAAUGCCCAGUCGUUGGGAGGAAAUCUGAAUUUUGGACCUAUCGGGAUUGGCGGCGGAUUCUCCUCGGCCUCGGCCUCGGCCUCGGCGAACAGCGGCGGCGGCGGCUUGGCUUCUGCAAAAGCGAACGCUGAAGCCAACGGAUACGGAGGAUACGGCGGUUCCAGUGCGAAUGCAAACGCCCAAGCAUCCGCCAACGUACAAGGUUCUUCGGGGAUUCCCGGGGGGUAUUUCGGCAAUAACGGCGGGCACAGCGGUUAUUAUCCCGGCCCUCCUCACCAAGUCAAUCAACCGAAUUACGGAAGUUACGGUGGCUCUCAGUCCGGCGCUAGCGCUAACGCGAACGCGAAUGCCAAUGCCGUCACCAUCGGCAACGGCGGAGUACGUCCGAUCGGUCCCUCUUAUUACCCGUCCGGAUCCCAGGCCACCGGCAACGCCAACGCUAAUGCUAACGCGAACGCGGGUGUGAAUAUCGUAGCUGGUGGUGGCACAAACGUCAUUCCCGGCAGGUAUCCCGGCGGAGGGAUAGAUAAGAUAGAAGUUAUUCCCGUUAACACGCUGCCGCUCUCUCGACCAACCCCGUCUGUAAUCUACCCGAUACCCAACCGGCCACCUGGACCCGGUAAGGAAGACGUGAUUGUCGUUGUCGAGGAAACCCCGCAAUACCCUCCGUAUUAUCGCCCGAGUCCUCCCCGCCACCAUCACCAUCGCCACCAGCACCGUCGACCGAAUUACGGCGGUAAAUCGAAGCAACAGCCCGUCGAGAUCAUCAUCAUCGAGGAGUCGGCGGGGCCUAAUCCAGCUGAUGGCUACGGAAAUGGCGGCAUUCAAGGAAACAAUCCCAAGUACAACAGGAAUCCGUUCUUCUCUAGCUCCGCCAGUGCCAACGCUAAUGCUGAAGCCGGCGGCGGCCAGGGAACUGUCCCCGGGUCUGGGGGUCACGGGGGAUACGGUGGAGGCCCCCUCGGUGGUCACGGUAGCGGCGGGUGUGUACAAUGCGGUUCCUCCGGGAGUGCUAAUGCUAAUGCCAACGCCAAGGCUAACGCUCAGGCUGGCCCGGGUGGACACGGUGGAGGUAUCCCUGGAGGAAAUGGUGGUUACGGCGGAUAUCAUCAAGGUGGGGGUGCUUCAAAUUACCCAGCGGAACCAGGACACCACGGCCAGGAACCAAUCGGCGCUAAUAACCCCUUCUUCAAUUCAGGCGCAAAUUCCAAUGGCAAUGCUGGUGCCAGCGCCAGCGCCAAUGCCAACGCCAACGCCAAUGCCAACGCCAACGCCAACGCCAAUGCAAAUGCGGGAGGUGGUGUUAGGAAAAAUCCGUUUUUCAAUGACGGUGCAUCCCACAAUGUCGGGGGAGGCGCGAACUAUCAACCGGGAAGUUCAGAUAUUUUGAGCGAGAAACCCAAAGGCAUUCCUACGACUUAUCCGGGACAAGCUGGAGUGGGAUUCCCAGGUUCGUUCGGGGGUAAUGCUGGCGCGAAAGCGGACGCCAACGCUGGAGCCGGUGGUAUUGGAGGAGGAUACGGACCGACCAAACAAAGUCCAAUAAUUGGACCCGGUGGGCACGUAGGCGGAUCCGCGGGAGGCCCAGGUGGCCACGGGUCUGGCGUCAGUUUUGGUGGAUAUGAAGGACAGGCCGGUGGCUCGUCCGGUGUGAAUCCAAAUGCUAACGCCGGAGCCACCGGUGGUAAUUUCGGAGAAUCCGGCGGACAGGGACUCGUCCUUGGAGGAUCUGGAGGUCACGGUGGAUACGGCGGAGGCUCCUUCGGCCAAGGUGACGGUGGAUUUGGAAACGGCGGUGCAAACAUUCACGCCGGAGGUGCUUCCGGCGCUAACGCUGGCGCCAAUGCCAACGCUAAUGCCGGAGCCGCCGGCGGUCACGGAACUGUCCCCGGUGGGUCUGGGGGUCACGGGGGAUACGACGGAGGCUCUUUCGGCCAAGGCAACGGUGGAUUUGGAAACGGCGGUGCAAACAUUCACGGCGGACACGUUGGAGGUGCUUCCGGUGCCAACGCAGGCGCCAAUGCGAACGCUAAUGCUGGAGCCGCCGGCGGUCACGGAACUGUCCUCGGUGGGUCUGGAGGUCACGGGGGAUACGACGGAGGUUCCCUCGGUGGAUAUGGCGGAGGUUCUUCCAGCGCCAAUAGUAACGCUGAUGCCCACGCUGGAGGUGCCGGUGGUGUUCUUGGUGGAUAUGGAGACAGCAUUCGAGGAACAGGACAUGCUGGAGGGCCACACGAUGGUCAAAGUGGACUCGGAGGAUUCGGAGGAGGCUCAAACGCCAACGCACAGGCGUCCUCCAACGCGAUCGCGUCCGGUGGCGGAUCGGCAUCGGCGAACAGCAAAUCGUCGGCCUUCACUAACGGAUCAGGAUCCGCGAAAGCCGACGCGUCCAGCGAUGCGUCUUCAGGAUCUUAUGGUGAAAUAGGAUCGAAAAGCUCGGCGUCGAGCCACGCGUCGGCCUCCGCCGAUACCAGAGACAUGCUGAUCUUCAGUUAAACAUUGUGAUACGACGAAGCGAACGACAUAAUACUCCAAUUUAUAUUUUCAUGUUCCACAUGACCAGUAACGAUAUUGCCCAACCUUACAACAAGGAUUAGAAAGUAAUUAUUGGAAGUUAGAAAAAUGUAUGCCACGAGACUGCCGAUGAGUACGUUUAAGUGUAUAAUCACGAGUUAUAAACUUGAACGUAUUCUUACGAUUGUUAGAAAUUAAAGCCUCCCUCGGAAUUAAAAUUACUUGAGAAAGAAUAGAGUAUUGCGCAUUUAUUAAAAAACCGUGUAAGGGCAUGUAUUUAUUUGUAUUUGUACUGUAAAUCGUGUUGGAGGCAGAUCGAACAUUGUUUCGCUCAAUGUGAUGAAAGUGCAUAAGAUACAAAUGACGUAAUUUAAGACAAAAGUGUUUCGACGCAAUAUGGAAAUACGGAGACAGACCCCGUCUUCAUCUGGUUAAUAAUGACAUAUCUGCCUCAGAUUGCAUCACUUUAUACUCAUCCGAGACGUUCGGCGAUCGGAGUGAUUUUAAUAUGCAGUAUAAUCUCGUUAAUCCGGCCUAUUAACAACCAGAUAGUAUCGGAUUAAUGAAUUUGCCGGAUAACUGGAGAUCCGAAUACGAUAUAAUAUGUGAGGCCGUCGUAGCAUAUAAUUAAACUUGUUAUAUUAAAUAAAAAUGAUGCAUAUAAUUAUGCUAAUAUUCGGCACAAAGCAAUUGAUUGUUUCGAAAAAUAGUUUAUAUCGACUGGAUAUUUGUCUUUUUUAAGAAAAUGACCAAUUGCAAUCGAUUAUUCGCCUCACAUUCGACUGUGAUUGAUCAAUUUCUGAAAUCUUACGUCUUAGGCCUGGUUCCGCCAACGUCGCUUAACCUUAAGCUUAGCUUAAUUAAUUCUUCGUCUCUUUCUAACUGUUACUUUAGAAAGAGACUAGCGUAAAUUAAACUAAAAUUAAAGUUAAACCGGGCACUAAAAUCUCAUUGUAUGUCGCGUAGCGAAACGCGGAAGCUCGCGAUAGCGCUGGAUUAGGGUACACAUUUAUCGUAGGACAGACUUUUUAAGCAUGUUAUUUAUAAGCUAGAAAUUUCUAGAUACUCGAGAACUUAUCUAUGCAGCCAAUUAACACACUUGAAAAAUUUGUCGUACGACACAUUUUUUCAAGAACGUUGAUUGACUGCUAGGAUAGAAAGAAAAUUUCUAGAUACUCGAGAACUUUGCCAUCCUGGAAACAAUCAACAUGCUUGACAAAUUUUUCGUACGAGCUAGAAAAUGUUUAGAUACUCGAGAACUUUUCCAUUUUGCAGCCAAUCAACAUACUUGAAAAAUUUGUUGUACGACACAUUUUUUUAAGAACGUUGAUUGGCUGCUAGGAUAGAAAGAAAAUUUCUAUAAGAUAUUUGAGAACUUUGCUAUUCUGGAAUCAAUCAACAUGCUUGAAAAAUUGAUCGUACGACACAUUUUUCGAGUGUAAAAUUUUCGAGCAUCUAGAAGUUUUAUAUCUAGCAGUCAGUCGACACGAUUGAAAAAUUUGUCGUACAACAAAUAAUACCAGUCUUAAUGGACGUGUCAGAUGAUCGAAGGGCCGGAUUAGCGAGAUUAUACUGCACAUAGUACGAUAUACGUAGACACCUAAAAGAUUUUUAAUACUUCCUUUAUAUUUAUAAGCGUACUUAAAUUAUAUAUAAUUAGCUGCGUGUAGAUCGCCUCCUUUGAACUCUGGAUCUGUGAUUUACAUAAAACGUGCCAAUGAGAUAUAUAACAAUAAAGAUACUGUAAAAACUUGUAUCGCAAAGGCGUUUGAGUGCAAUAAAAAGACCCCGAUUAAAAUAA